AUGGCAGCUAGACCUCCAUCGUCUCUGGCCAUGAGGUCCAUCCAGCCCCGGCUGCAAUGGAGCUUGAAAACGCAUGGAUACAUCGUCUUGUCCCUCACGUUCAUCACGUACUUCUUGUACCUCGUCUCUCGCAAGCCCACAAGCAUCGUCCAGAGUGCCCUCAAUCCUCAAAAAUCUUAUGCGAGUCCCCCUUGGCCGCUCGGUCCUGUCUUCAUCCCUCAAAGCUUAAGCGAGUCCCCCAGCAAAGACUCCGUCAGCGAGGGCUGGGCUCCGUUCAACGCCACGGGCGGCAACACCAAGAUUAUGCUGUCGGGGUUGUUUCAGGCGACCGGUUGGCCGUGGGUGGUGGCAGUGGUCGAGAACUGGUAUCAAGAACAGGGUUAUUGGUGGCUGAUUAUGGGGAUCUGGAAUCCGUUUGUUUCGAUGGGGAAUAUAGUGGGGACCCUGCUAGCGGGUUUUGCUCUUCAUCGUGGAUGGGGAUUGUCUUUUAUAAUUCCUGGAUUGAUGAUGGUUGCGGGAGGGCUUCUGGUGUUGUUCUUCUUGAUUCCUCACCCUGAGAGUAUUCAGUUUCCAAAUCAGGAUGAAGAGACAGGACACAUUCGGCCGGGACGGCAUCGGCAUCAGAGUGGGCAAGAUGAGGCAGCAACAACGCAAGAGAGACAGGGUAAUGACCCAGGGCAAGGUGAUGUGAAUAAUAUGAAUGCAAUUGGGAGGGUCUAUGCGGCUUUCCAAAUACCCGGAGUUAAACCGUAUGCUGGCUGUCUUCUUGGAGCGAAGUUUCUGGCUUAUAUGUUCGUGGCUGCGUUGCCCUCCCAACUCAGUAAAAAUAAAAUAGGUGGGAAGCUUAUGUCAGUCAUCACUGCUGGAAACCUGUCUACGCUAUUUUUUGAUGUAGGGGGGAUUUUGGGUAGUAUCUGUGCUGGAUGUAUAUAUGGCCUAUUCAAUGCUAAAGACCAUCCUGCGGCUGGAUUCAUAGCUCUGGGUGCACUUGCUAUUAUUUUCUACGGCAUUUUGGGAAAUAUUUCACAGCUGAUGAACAUAAUACUGAUGAUUGUCAUUGGUUUAGCGGUUAAUGGCCUCUGUGCAUUUAUAACAACUGGUGUAUCUGCUGAUCUUGGAACUCACAAUGCACUUCAAGGACAUGGUCUAGCUUUGGCAACUGUUACAGCGAUUAUAGAUGGCACUGGCUCAUUUGGCGCCACUCUUGGGCUCCUUAUAGGAUAUUUUUUAAAACAAGAGUUGAAUUCAAAUGCCGUCUUGGUAGUGCUUGAGGUUGUAGCAGUGCUAUCUAUUAUUUCACUAUAUUCUCCACAAAUUGUCCCAUACUUGAAAAGCAAAAUACAAACUAUGCAAAAUCGGCACAACAGUGGUCGGAUGGGGGAACUAGGUGGAGAUUUUUGUUUUUCCCAUACUGGGACAUUUUUCAAUCUGCUCUGCAAAUUCCUAUUGGCCGUUAUUCUUGAGAUUAUUAAUUUCGUAUUAUUUUUUCUUUCUAUUGCAGCUUCUAUCACAGCACCACUCAUAAACACGCCGACUGAUGAGGAUAGCACACUGGACAGGCAGCAGGAAGAUUCUUCUUAG